CUCAUCGUGAACUCCGACUUCGCCGCGCUGGCAGAUCAGCCGGGAAAGGGGGGGAAGGACGAGUCAUGAGGAGCGCGAGGCUGCUGACUACAGGUUCCUUGGCGACGACGUGGAUAUAAAGUCCAGCAUCAGUGGUUGAAAGCGUCCAGUUGCCUCGCCCCAAGAACCAAGCCGCACGAUGGCCUGCAACAAGAUGAAGAAGUCGCCUCCUCCCAACCCGAUAAUAUUCUACGACAUCCCCUCCGAUAAGGUGGGCUGCUGGUCACCAAAUACGUGGAAGAUACGCUAUGCCCUCAACUACAAGGGCCUCCCCUUCCGCACCGAAUGGGUCGAGUACCCCGACAUUGAGGCCAAGUGCAAGGAGAUCGGCGCCGAGCCCACUGGCACGCGCGACGACAAACCCCUUUACACGUUCCCCGUCAUCCAGGACCCGAACACCGGCAGGGUCGUUAGCGACGGACCCAAGAUCGCGAGGUACCUCGACGAUGCGUACCCGGACACGCCCAAGCUCUUCCCACCGGGAACGGAGGAGAAGCAGGACGCCGUCUUCGCGGAGCUGAUCCAAAAGGGCGGUCCCGCCCUCCGCCCGCUCGUCAUCCCGCCCGUCGUCAACAUCCUCAACGGUGUGAGCAAACCGUACUUCCGCACGACGCGCGAGAAGAUGUUCGGUGGCAAGCUCGAGGAGCUCGUACCGCAGGGCGAGGAUCGCAAGGCGGCACUCGAGCAUAUGCGAGAGGCGUUCGAAGCGUUCGCGAAGCGGCUGGAUGAGGGUGGUCCAUUCAUCUUGGGUGAUAAGCCCAACUUCGCGGAUUUCAUCGUGGGCGGCUUCUUGCAGUGGUUCAGGGUGACGUUGGGGGAGGACAGUGAUUUGUGGCAGGCGGUCUCGGUGUGGGGUAAUGGGCGGUUGCUGAAGUACCUCGAGGACCUGCGCCCUUACGAAGGGAACCCGAGAGCGUGAAGGGCCGGAAGAGUUCAAUGGUCUAUAGCGGAAAGAGUCAUUGUAUUCGAGGGAUAGAAGAAGACAGACAUUCAAAAGGAACUCUCGUAUCCGGCCAUAUUCAAG